ACUACGCUUCCCACCCUUGUGCGCACACCUACCUUGAUGAUGCAGCCUUCCCUGGAUAUCAAACCCUUUGUGUCCUUCCCUGUGGACAGCAGCUCUGCUGUUGGAUUCUUCACAAAUUUUAACACAAUGGAUCCUGUGCAAAAAGCAGUCAUAAACCAUACAUUUGGAGUGUCCAUUCCCCCAAAGAAGAAACAAGUAAUUUCCUGUAAUGUCUGCCAGCUUCGCUUUAACUCUGAUAGCCAGGCUGAGGCCCACUACAAAGGAAGUAAACAUGCCAAGAAGGUCAAAGCACUAGAGGCAACGAAAAAUAAACCCAAAGUUGGUUCUUCCAAGGACAGCGCAAAGGCUAACACAAGCUGCUCCACCACGCCAGUCACAGCCAACAUCUCUGACAAAUCAGAAGAUAAAGGGAAAGCAAAACCCAAUAGUGCAAGUCAUCAGUCCGGUACAGAAGUGGGUCCUUUUCUUCCCAAAUCGGGAGUGGCAGCAGUGACAUCUGUAACACCUGCCUCCUCCUCUAAGAGCACGAAUGGAGGAGCUCCUAACACAGUUUCUGAGUCAGAAGAGGAAAGAGCCAAAAAACUGCUUUACUGUUCAUUAUGCAAAGUGGCUGUGAAUUCGCUGUCACAACUAGAAGCCCACAAUACGGGCUCCAAGCACAAGACCAUGGUUGAGGCUCGGAAUGGUGCUGGUCCCAUCAAAUCUUACCCUAGACCUGGGUCCCGGCUGAAGGUGCAGAAUGGCAGUAAAGGAUCAGGACUGCAGAACAAGACAUUUCAUUGUGAAAUCUGUGAUGUCCAUGUUAAUUCAGAAAUUCAACUUAAACAGCACAUUUCCAGCCGAAGGCACAAGGACAGAGUUGCAGGAAAGCCUAUGAAACCUAAAUAUAGUCCUUACAACAAACUGCAGCGCAGCCCAAGUAUUUUAGCGGCAAAACUUGCAUUCCAGAAGGACAUGAUUAAGCCGCUGGCACCUGCUUUCCUUUCAUCUCCUCUUGCUGCGGCUGCAGCUGUAUCGUCAGCUCUGUCCCUUCCUCCCCGUUCCCCUGCCUCCUUGUUCCAGGCGCCUGCAAUACCCCCAGCUCUCCUCAGGCCAGGCCAUGGUCCCAUCCGGGCAACACCUGCCUCCAUACUUUUUGCACCAUACUAA